AUGUACCCACUAAUAUUCGCCUUCCUACCUGACAAAUGCCAGAUCACCUACCAACGCCUAUUCGAGAUCGUUAAGACAGCAGCAGCAAACAACAACACACCACUCAAUCCAACCACUACAUUCCUCGACUUCGAGUCUUCAGCCCGUAACGCAGCAGAGACAGUCUUUCCACAAGCGUCGAUCAAAGGUUGUCUAUUCCACUACUGCAAUCGCAUAUGGAGAAAGGUACAGAAACUUGGACUAGCAGACCAGUACACCAACGACAACCUACUCAACCUACAUAUUAGACGAGCUUCAGCAUUGCCACUAGUCCCCAUCAACCAAGUAGAUGAUGUAUGGUUCCACGCAAUUGAAGACUACGAGACCGAUGACGCAAAGAUCACCAAGUUCAACGACUACGUUACUGAGCAAUGGAUCGGGAUGGAGACAGCAAAAUGGAACCACUACUCAACAGUUGGACCCAGAACAACAAACCAUUUAGAAGGAUGGCACCACAAACUCAACAACCAACUUCACAGAGCACACCCAAACCUCUACGUCAUCAUCGAAAAACUCAAGCACACUCAAGCAGCAAAUGAGAUCCGACUUAUCCAGUAUGCAGCUGGUGGCACUAGAAAGACAAGAAAGCUGAAAUACAGAAUCCUAGACUCCAGACUUCAGCGACAGAAACAACGACUCAUUCAAGGGGAAGUUGACAUCUACCAGUAUACAGACACAGUGUCACGCCUGCUGAAACUUCAAUGA